AUGUCACUCGAUCUGACCAUACUCGACAAAGGCCUCGCUCGAUUUCUAGAGAAUGAUCUCAUCCUGAUAUUUCACGCAGGGAUUACUCUCGCGGAAUUCCAAAAUGCAGCGAACGUCCUCCUCUUAAAUCUUCCUGUGCUUGGCGGAAAGUUGAACUUUCUACGAACCAAAUUCAAGUCCUCAGAGAAAGAAAAUGACUUAUCCGAGCUUUGGCAAGGCACUGAGCUUAAUUUGCAUGUUGAAGAUGUGGUGAAGACACCACGGAUCAACGACGUUGUAAAAAGCGCCGAACUGUCACACGUGAAAAAUUUCCUGGACGCCAAAUUUAAUGUAAUCAAGUUACUUCGACAGUGCGUUGUCACUAUUCAGACUGUGGUUUUGAUUGACGGAAGCAUUUUGCGCUUCAAAGUUCAAGCUCCAUUUGGCGAUGUGAAUGGUAUACAUCCCCAACGUCAUGCCUCCGGAGUUGUGGAACAAAUUCUAACCGCUUUCCAGCGAUGCUUCAUAUAG